GGCAGCGUGCGGCCGCCGCUCGCGGUGACUUUGCGGCAUGGAGAGCGGUUUCGGCUCCGACUUCGGUUCCGACUUCGGUUCCGGGGGCGGCGGGGGGGGCAAACUGGACCCGGGACUCAUCAUGGAGCAGGUGAAGGUGCAGAUCGCCGUGGCCAACGCACAGGAGCUGCUGCAGCGCAUGACGGACAAAUGCUUUCGGAAGUGCAUCGGGAAGCCCGGCGGGGCCCUGGACAACUCGGAGCAGAAGUGCAUCGCCAUGUGCAUGGACCGGUACAUGGACUCCUGGAACACGGUGUCCCGAGCCUACAACUCUCGGCUGCAGCGGGAGAGAGCCAACAUGUGACGCCCCCGGCUCCGGGGCCAGGGAGGGACCAUGCCGGGAAGGGACGAGCGGCCAGUCCGGGUGGUUGGGGCUGAAGUCCUGCCGCAUUCCAGCCCCGGCCGUGGCAGAGCAAUAAA